GACUUGAAUCCAUCGGAAAUCGGAGGAACCAAGAUCGGAAUUCUUAAGCUGAUUUCAGUUUAAAGCACUCAAACCCAUGACUACUUCGAUUUUACCGAAAGAAACUCCAUCCAUAGCGCUGAACACUGAAGGAGAAAGCACCGAUUUUUAGGUUGCAUCAAACCUUGGGGUGCUGUUUGAUUGAAUUAUUCCAAAGAUUAUUGUUCUAGUUUUUGUACUUUCUCGGGCAAUCAGCUCACCUCGUUACGUGCCUCUCUUGUAGUUAUACUCUGACGCUUUGGUGGAUUCUUUUUGGGAUGAAACUUUCUUUGUGUUGCUUACUGCAAAAUAAUGUUGAUGUUUCGGUAUAUUGCUUUUGGGAGUCCUGUGGAUAAACGACAAUCGUGUUUCUAGAUAGGAGGAAGUUGGAUUAAGCUUGACUAGAUGAGCUCUGGUCCUAGAUCGUUGUUUAUUUAUCUGUGUUUGGAUUGGAACAAAAUGAAGCUCAAGGCCAAAGUUUCUGUUGCGUGUUUCAUUAUUUUGAUCUGGGUUCAGCAAUGUCUUUGUGCUGAAAUUUCAAACACAUCACGCAUAAACAACUGGACAUGUACAUGUUCUUCCGCAUAUCAAGGAAAUCAGAGUUAUUUUCUCAAAUCAAACUGUUCUUCAUCCUGUGAUUGCAGUCCAGCUGGAGAAUCAAGUGCAGAUAGGUGGACAUGUAUAUGUGUUGCUGAUGGAUUCCCUAAAGUAACAUAUGACCAUCAAAAUACCACCUGUUUUACGGCCUGCAACUGUACUGCUGGAUCACUUCCCGUUGCUGAAGCUUCAAGGAAACACAUAUCAAGCAGAAUUGUUGUGAUUCUUCUGUUGUUCUGUGUCAUACUAAUAACACUUGCAUUUCUUUCUUCGAUGAUUUUCUAUUUUUGUAUAAAGGGCAAGCCUAUCCAGCCACCCGUGUUCUCAUCUGAAAAAGAAACAAGCUGCAAUAGUGCUGCCAAUCUAAUAAGUGAGAAGCCUUUGUCAGUUUCAGAAACUAAGGUUAACAUUGAUUUCCCUGCUAAACCUAUUGCAGGAUGCUUUCUAAACACUUCUUUCCUAUAUCGGGGCAAAGCAGAGACUAUACAUGGAACCAUAAUGCAAUUCUCAUACACUGAGCUGGAAAAUGCAACCAAUAAGUUCUCUAAUUCCAACCUUAUAGGACUCGGGGGAAGCAGCUAUGUGUAUCAUGGUCAGCUGAGAGAUGGAAGCACUGUUGCAGUUAAGCGUCUUAAAACUCACGGGGGACCUGAUGCAGACUCUAUCUUUUCAACAGAGGUCAAAUUGUUGUCCAGACUCCAUCACUGCCAUGUGGUGCCCUUGCUUGGCUACUGUUCAGAAUUCCGAGGGAAACAUGCUGAGAGGCUAUUGGUAUUUGAGUAUAUGCCCAAUGGUAACCUGAGGGAUUGUUUGGAUGAAAUUUCAGCAGAGGACAUGACCUGGGAUACUCGUGUUACAAUUGCAAUUGGAGCUGCAAAGGGUUUGGAAUAUCUUCAUGAAGCAGCUGCUCCUAGAAUUUUGCACAGAGAUGUAAAAUCCACAAAUAUUCUUCUGGACAAGAACUGGAGAGCAAAAAUAACUGACCUUGGGAUGGCUAAAUGUUUAAGAGCUGAUGGACUUCCAAGCGCUUCCAGCUCACCUUUAAGGAUGCAAGGCACUUUUGGCUAUUUUGCUCCAGAAUAUGCAAUCGCUGGAAAAGCCUCUCUGAUGUCAGAUGUUUUCAGUUUUGGUGUAGUUCUUCUAGAGCUCAUCACUGGUCGCCAUCCCAUCCGUAAAUCAAAUAACAAAGAAGAAAGUCUUGUUAUAUGGGCCACCCCUCGUUUACAGGACAAUAAGCGAGUGAUAUCAGAGUUGCCAGAUCCACGUUUGAAGGGAAAUUUCCUAGAAGAAGAGAUGCAGAUAAUGGCUUACCUAGCAAAGGAGUGCCUGCUGUUGGAUCCUGAUUCUCGCCCGACCAUGAGUGAGGUUGUGCAAAUCCUCUCAACUAUUGCACCAGAUAAAUCUAAAUUACGAUUUCCUGUAGACCUUUUUCAGUCAUCAUCUGUCCAUAGCAUGAUAAGUGAAGCUCACAUAAAAGGACACCGCAAUGUAGUUGAGGCUUUACAUGCUGCAGAGAAGCCCAGACAAGCCAUGUUUAUUAAGAGGUCAUCACAGUGUUCACAGCCAUCAAACAUGGAUGGUACUCUUUGUGCUGGAAGCAAGAACAUAGAGGCAGAUAUGGUUUCAGCUGACUGUAUGGAAAGGCUGAUCCUCUUGACUUCAAAAGCUAAGAGUUGCAAUAUCCAGGAUGAUGAUACAGUCGAUCUGACAGAGCCUCGGUUUGAAUCAUUUCACAUGGCAGCGUCAAGUCUACCUGAUUAUUGAUUAGAACAAUUCAUUGGAAAGAUUUAACAAUUACAGUUCGUAAGUUUGCUUUGGUUUCUUUGUGUUGUAGAGGUAGCGAGCAGGCUCCAGUUAUUUUUUCCCUGCGUUCUUUGAAGCAGGUUGUUUUGUAACUUGUUUGUUCUGGCUUUUUUUUCCUCCAGCCAUGUACGGAAAAUUAUGCAAAAUUCAUAAUCUACUUUAAUCUUUUUGUAAGUAUAAGCUCUCUUUAGCAGGAACAGUGCUUGGCGUAGUAAUGGAGCCACAGAAUUGCAAGUGAAUUGCCAAGAGUGUCAUAAAGUCAAGAGUGUUUAUGUGAUGGUUAAGACUUGGAGACGGGAGGGUGCACUUCAUGAACAAAUAUUAUAUGGUGAACUCUCCAAGAUAACCAAUCCCAUUUGUAAAACUCUCUGAUUGUCAGAUGGAUCCACCUCCGCCAUCAAGUGAACCACUGCUCGGCGGCCCUCCUCCUCCAGGACCGGAUGGAGGAUUCUGGGAUUGCUGUCUGUGGUUUCUGUGCUGCUGUGGUUUAUUCCGAAGCUGCUGCCCACCACUGUUUGAGCCUGGGCCUCCUCCUCCUUAGAUCUGCAAUUUACCCAAGAAUGUACUGCUCACACUUUUCUUCCUUUCGAGUAUGGCCUUUCUUACCAGUUAGCACCAUUUGAAGCAUUCCUUACCUUUGAAACCCUGUGGUUCCCUAUCUGUGAAAAUUUAAAGCAUUCUUGUGUAUCUGUGUGUAGCAACUGCAGUUGCAAAAUGUUGCGGAUUUAAUGUAGUUUGAUUAAAUUUCUCAUUUUUUUUUUAAUUAUGUAAUUUUACAUUACAAUUAGGUAUAAUAGAAUAGAAAAAUAAUAUUAAU